GUGCUGUCCCUGGGUGCUGAUGUCCUUCCCGAGUACAAGCUCCAGGCGCCGCGCAUCCACCGAUGGACCAUCCUGCACUACAGCCCCUUCAAGGCCGUGUGGGACUGGCUCAUCCUUCUGCUGGUCAUCUACACAGCUGUCUUCACCCCUUACUCAGCUGCCUUCCUGCUCAAUGAGGAGCAGGUGGAGGAGAAGCGCUGGGACUGCAGCUACUCCUGUGACCCACUCAACAUCAUCGACCUCAUCGUGGACAUCAUGUUCAUCGUGGACAUUGUCAUCAACUUCCGUACCACCUACGUCAACAUCAACGACGAGGUGGUGAGCCACCCUGGCAAGAUUGCCAUCCACUACUUCAAGGGGUGGUUCCUCAUCGACAUGGUUGCUGCCAUCCCCUUUGACCUGCUCAUCUUCCGCUCCGGCUCUGAUGAGACCACCACCCUCAUCGGCCUCCUGAAGACGGCGCGGUUGCUGCGCCUGGUGCGCGUGGCGCGCAAGCUGGACCGCUACUCCGAGUACGGAGCAGCUGUGCUCUUCCUGCUCAUGUGCACCUUCGCCCUCAUCGCCCACUGGUUGGCCUGCAUCUGGUAUGCCAUCGGCAACGUGGAGAGACCCUACAUGGAGCACAAGAUUGGCUGGUUGGACAACCUGGGCGACCAGAUCGGCAAGCGCUACAACGACAGCGACCUCUCCUCGGGCCCAUCCAUCAAGGAUAAAUACGUCACUGCCCUCUACUUCACCUUCAGCAGCCUCACCAGUGUGGGGUUUGGCAACGUCUCGCCCAACACCAACUCUGAGAAGAUCUUCUCCAUCUGUGUCAUGCUCAUUGGCUCUCUGAUGUACGCCAGCAUCUUUGGCAAUGUCUCUGCCAUCAUCCAGAGGCUGUACUCGGGCACAGCUCGCUACCACACGCAGAUGCUGCGGGUCAAGGAGUUCAUCCGUUUCCACCAGAUCCCCAACCCCCUGCGCCAGCGCCUGGAGGAGUAUUUCCAGCACGCCUGGUCCUACACCAACGGCAUCGACAUGAACGCG